AUGUCCAAGUACGCUCCCCACCGAAGGUCCUAUAACAAUCCGCAGGCUACUUCAUCGACAGUGUGCCAGAGAUGUCUUGGUACGGGUCAUUUCACGUACCAGUGCAAAUCGACCGCUCGGCCCUACCUGAGCCGACCUUCCCGUACUCAGCAGCUGGAGAAUCCGAAGGCGUUGGCUAAGCUGAAGGCAGACGGCAAGCCGUCGGUCGAAGUGCCCGAGGAGUUUAAGACUAAGGCGGGCACGGCGAAUCGCAUUCUGUCCGCAAAGGAGAAAGAAAGGGCCAAAGUUGAAAAGGAGUCCAGUGAUCAUCCCAGGAAACGUGCCAAACGUGGCUCUUCCUCAGACGACUCAUCAGAUUCAGAUUCAGACUCUGGGUCAAACUCCGACUCGGAUUCCUCGUCGUCUGCGUCGGACUCAGAAUCAGGAUCAGGAUCAGGAUCUUCUGGCUCGGAUUCGGAGGCCUCGCGCUCUAGGGAACGCGACCACAAGCGGCGUGUCCCACAUCGCCGUCGCCGGUCCGUUUCAUCGUCGUCCAGCGGCAGCAGCAGAGGGAGCACAAGUAGGGGCCAUUGA